AAAAGGCAGUUAUCAUCAAACCACCGGAGAAUUCCUUAGCGAAAGGGUUUUCUACUUGUAGGUUUUUGUUGUGCUCGCUCAUGGCUGAAAGAGAGGUUGUGGUGUUGUGUUACUGGAAUUGUCAUAUCAAGCAUGGCCCUGAUGGCGUCUACUUUGAAGGAUCGACUCCUAAAGAGAUGAGAGUCAAGAAAAAUGCUGACUUUAGCAGAUUUCUGGAUGAGCUUUAUCUAAUAACUGGAUUUGAUAAGCAAAAAUCAAAGCUUGAAAUAGUCGCUAGGUACCCUGUUGUUCAAUCACCCAAUAAGUUUAGGUAUCUACUUCAUCCCGUGGCGAACGACAUUCAUUGGGAGAAAAUGCUUGAGGUUCCAAGCAAUCACCCUUGUAUUAACUCUGUGGAAUUUUACUUGGAAGCUAAACCAAAGCCUAAUGAUCCUCCUCCUGCUCCUUGGUCCUUAUUGCCAAUGGGAAUGAAUCCCCAGAAAAGACAGAAGAGCAGACACCAAGUGGUAGGGAAAAGACAGAAGAGUACGCAACAAGAAGUGGGGGAUACAAAUUCAGGUUCAGGGUCAGGAUCAACACCGACUCUUGUGUCUGGUUUGUGGCUUGAAGGUGAUACAAUGCGUGUGGGAUUGUGUUUUAAAGAUUUAGCUGAGAUGAAGAAGGCAGUGGACUGGUGUUCGAUUAAGAGGCGGCAAAAAUGUUUACUAAGAGAGACGGAGAAGGACGUGUAUGUGGUUGAAUGUGAAAGAUGGCACUGCAAGUGGUCAAUUUGUGCUUCUAGAAGAGAAGAAGACGGUCUUUUUGAGAUAACCGAGUGUAGUGGUCCACAUGAUUGUUACCCUGAACAUCUAAAUGAUUUUGAUGCUGAGUGUAUACCAUUUCAGAUUGAGCGUGUGGUCAGGGUACAGCCCACUCUCUCAACUGCAGAGUUGGAUAAAUGGUGGGAAAAAAAAUUUGGCUUUGCGCUUGAUCAAGUGGUGGAGCAUUGUUCAGAAGGACUUGUGGAGGAUGCGAAAGUGAAAGCUAUCAAAAGAUUCUUUGGAGAUUGGGAUCAGAGUUUCAGACUCAUACCCAAGUUAAUGUCUGUGCUUCACUCUUCUAAUGGCCUUCUUGUAGACUGGCAAUAUGAUUCUUUGACUCAUGAUCCUGAACACGCCUCCUUUCGCGGUUUGUUUUGGGCAUUUUCACAGUCUAUCCAAGGGUUCCAACAUUGUAGACCUCUGAUUGUUGUGGACACCAAAAACUUGGGAGGUAAAUACAAAAUGAAGUUGAUGAUUGCCUCGGCGUUUGAUGCAACCAAUCAAUAUUUUCCUCUUGCCUUUGCGGUUACUAAAGAAGUAUCUGUUGAUAGUUGGCGUUGGUUUCUCACUAGAAUCAGAGAGAAGGUAACACAGAGGCAAGGCAUUUGCCUCAUCUCCAGUCCUGACCCCGAUAUACUCGCUGUUAUUAACGAACCAGGAUCUCAGUGGAAAGAACCCUGGGCUUAUCACAGGUUCUGUCUGUAUCAUCUGUGCUCCAAACUAUGUAGCGUUUCUCCAGGCUUCGACUACAACAUGCAUUUUCUUGUGGAUGAGGCUGGGUCGUCAAGUCAGAAGGAAGAGUUUGAUUCCUACAUGAAGGAGAUCAAAGAGAGGAAUCCAGAAGCUUGGAAAUGGUUAGACCAAUUCCCUCCACAUCAGUGGGCUCUGGCUCAUGAUGAUGGUCGGAGAUACGGAAUCAUGAGGAUAGAUACUGAAGCUCUCUUUGCUGUUUGUAAAAGAUUUCGGAAAGUUGCAAUGGCAGGGGGUGUGAUGCUUCUGUUUGGUCAGCUGAAAGACGCUUUUGCUGAGUCUUUUAAGCUUAGCCGUGGUUCUCUUAAGCACGGCGAUGUGUACACGGAACAUGUCAUGGAAAAGCUUGAAGAGUUUGAGACAGAUUCCGAUACUUGGGUUAUAACUAUAACGCCGUUGGAAAGAGAUGCAUAUCAGGUCUCAAUGGCCCCGAAAAAGAAGACACGUCUGAUGGGUCAGUCUAAUGACUCAACGUCUGGGAUUGUUCAAUUGAAUGACACAACAUGCACUUGUGGAGAGUUUCAAAAGAACAAGUUCCCAUGUCUGCACGCUCUAGCAGUCUGCGAUGAAUUGAAAAUCAACCCGUUGCAGUAUGUAGACGACUGUUACACUGUUGAACGGUAUCACAAAACGUACUCGGCUAAAUUUUCUCCUGUUCCUGAGUUAUCAGCUUGGCCGGAAGCUUAUGGAGUUCCAACAUUGAUUCCUCCUGUCAUUGAGCCGCCUCCACCUAAAGUAUCAGGAAAAGGGAAAGAGAAAGAUACCGAGGAUGAUCAUCUUGAAGAAGAUGAAGAUGGUGACGAUGAUGAGGAGGAAGAAGAUGAUGAUGUUGAUGAUGACGAGGAAGACGAUGAUGAUGUUGAUGAUGACGAGGACGAUGAGUGGUAAUGAUGCUUAUUGCGUAAUGAGCUUUAAGAUAAGAUCAGUAGGACUCAUUCAUGCGCACUUUAAACAGCCUUUUGAAGUUUUGGUUUGCUUUUCUGGUUUGGUUUCCGCAUAGUUUUAAUAUCCCUUUCUUUGGAUUUUUGUAAACUUGUGAAAUUUUCAAUGAAGGUUUAGGAAUCGCCAUGUACAUAUCAGAUAAUCUUUUCUAAGUACAUUU